GCAGCAAAGCACCACCAGACCCAACCAUGGCUCAGCCUUAUGGAAAACCUAAGCCUGGAGACCUGAUUGAGAUUCCCCGCGGUAUCUAUUCACACUGGGCAAUCUAUGUGGGAGAUGGUUAUGUAGUCCAUCUGACUGAUCCAGAUAACCUCAGCAGGGCCAGCUCCUCCGCCAUCUUCCCUAUUCGGGGCAGCAAGGCCGUGGUGCGACUGGAGCGCCUGCAGGACCUGGUGGGGAGAUGCUCCUAUAGGAUCAACAACUACUUAGACCACAAGUACAAACCACUGCCCGUGGAGAAGAUCAUCCGUUCUGCAAAGGAGAAGAUUGGUGAGACGAUGGAGUACAAUCCUGUGGACAAGAACUGUGAGCAUUUUGUCACCAAGCUGAGAUACGGUGUGUCCUGCAGCAAGCAGGUUGUCAGGAAGAGUCUGGGCCAACCCAGCACCACAACCGAUCUCCUAAAAAGAGCACACAGGCAGGAAAUAGGCUCAAGGUCACGGGCCUAUGGAAUAGCUCAAGGAUUUGUCUGUGCAGAAAAUGUCAUGCUGAAAGGAGGAAUAUCCCUGGCAUUCGGGAUUCUAGGUGCUAUUGGUUUAGCGUUCAUGAUGCCGCGACCCCAAAGACGUUGACAGCCAGAAGGAAUCUCAAAUCCUGCAGCUGCAAAGACUGGUGAAGACUCCCCACGGCUCCUCUCUCUACUGGACCCUCAACCUCUGGCAACCUGUCGUUCUGUCUCUCUUUCCCUCUCUCUCUCUCUGGCUGAAGGAUGAGCUAAUUGUGCCAAGACCAACGAAUCAGUAAAUGUAUCUUCAGGAAGGACUUCCACUAUAUUUUUGCAGAUCUCUGAACCAGAAAGGAAGGAAGGAACAUUAAUUCGACACCUGUUGGGUUCUCCCAGCAAUUUCUAGCUGAGUGGCCUUGAGCAAAGCCCUGGACUCCCAGAGCCUCAGUGCCUCCUUCUCUGGGAUGGGGGUAAGGAUUACAUAAAGUGAUGUGGAGAAGACCACUCCUGAUACUUGGUAACCAGCAGGUAGUCAACGGGGUGUCUACAUCAUUCCGUGUAGACUCGCUGUUGCUGUCAUGAGACGGCAUUCAUUUUACUGUCGGGGUGUGAAGGGUGCCCCAACAACUCAGUUAUAUCCCAGUGUAGCCACGCCAUCUGGUGCAUAAACGCUUCCCAACAUCUUCCCAAGUACCUCCUUCAUUCAGCCUUCCUUUUAGUUUUCUUCCAACUCCAAUGCCUACUCGUCACCCACCCGCGACUACCAGAUGGGUGUAUAUUAACUUUCCAUGCUGACAUUGCCAUGGCUCCAGCUGCCCCUGGGUUGAAUGAUGAAAAUUAGCCACCUCAAUUUUUAGAGCAGUGAAACUACUCUGAACGAGACCAUAAUGAUGGGUACACAUCGCUACACAUUUAUCCAGACCCAUAGAAUGGGCAAUGCCAAGAGUGAACCCAAAGGUAAAGUGUGGACUUUGAGGGAUUGCAAUGUGUCAAUGUUCGUUAACUGUAACAAAAAUAGACUCUCUGGGGAGGGAUGUUGUUGGUGGGAGAGCCUAUGCAUGGGGAGAGCAAGGGGUGUAU